CUAAUGAUCAACUUAAGUCAUUGUUUUCAUUUAUCAAUCAUUAAGUUAACCACAUUUUUUCCUUGUUUUGAUUAAUAUCUUUAUACAAUCAACCAACAUGUCAAUCCAAAUUAUUUUACUGAACUUGAAUCUCAUAAUUGGUUACCAAAACAAUAGUUGGACUGAAAAUACUCAUUAGUAUUUAAAUCGUCAGAUUAACGAAACUCGAUGAUGGCAAUCUUUCAAUAACAUUUUUUGGUCAAAAUGGUUUUAUUUAAUUCUCCCAAUCAAAUUGAGUGAGCUUUAUUCUUCAGUUAUGGAGUCUCAGCAACCAAUUCCAAUAGUGAUUACCUCCAAUCAUGGUCUAAAUUUGAAAAUUUUACUUCUUCUUUGGUCACUAACAUAGCCACUGAUUUGGAUUAUCAUCUACAGAAUGUCAUAAAUCAUUCAAAUAUAUCGCAAGAGUGCUCUAACUCAUUGUUGAAAUGGGUUAAUGAUCUGAAAUCAACUGACCCAACGGCCGUUAAACAAUUCGACUCAUGGGGACGAAUACCGAGUGGUUUAAUGUCUGGUGGAUGGAUUGAUCAUGGUGGUUUUCAUGAAUGUUUAUCUCUGGAUAAUAGUCAAUAUUGUCUUUUAAUGGCUCAUCUUCCACUGAUGAAUGAACAUCAAAUUGAAGGUUUUGACCGACCUUACAAUCCAGCUUAUUUCAACUUUUCAACUCCACUAUUCCAAUCAGUUGUUAAUUAUGUUCAUUUUUUUCGAUACAUGAACAUAACAUCAGCAUUGUGUUUACCUAAAGGCUGUUCACCUACAGAGCUGACAACAUUAGCUAAUGAAACAGCUAACAAUUAUUUAAACACUGGAUUAAUAGUGAAUGUUGAUUUAUGCCAAAACCGAUAUGAACAUGUACCAGUUACGUGGGGUCAAAUUAUUUCAUUGGCUAUCAUUGCUUCAGUUAUAAUCAUCACUCUUAUCGGAACUUAUUGGUCGACUCCAGGAACCUUCAUGUAUCAUUUCAAUUUCAAAAAUAACUGGAGAAAAUUGUUUGCCCCUGUGACAUUAAAUAGAGACGUAGUUAGAAAGCAGUAUCGCUUAGGAUCUACUUUAACCUAUCUCAAUGGAAUCAAAGCAAUAACCAUGUUUAUUUUGAUAUUUAUUCAUCUGGCCUUCACAAUUUUACCAACCAAUUUCAAGACAUCAUUUACCAUGUAUGACUUGACAAGAGAUCCGUCCAUCAACGCCUUUUUUAUCGGUGGCUACAUGACCGACACCUUUUUCUUAAUAACUGGCUAUGAAUCAACUUGGACACUAUUGAGUCGAACUCACAAUCAACAUAGUAGAUCUUCAUUAUCAUCAUCAUUCAAUCUAUUUCCAUACUUGAUUCUUCGUUGGUUACGAUUUGUCCCUUCAAUUAUCUGGAUCAUAGUCUGUAGUAUUAUGGUAUUUUCUCGCCAUUCCCAAAAAUUAAUAGGAGGUCCACUUUGGGGUCACAAGAGAGCUGCUGGUUCAAUAUCGAAAUCUUGCGAGGAUAACUGGUUCUUCCAUGUUCUCUUCGUUGCCCACUUUUUUGACACUGCCGAUGAUUUUGGUUAUUGUCUUCUUUCAGAUUGGUACCUUGAAUCGGAUUAUCUUUACCAUUUAGCAUUUAUUCCAGUGAUAUAUGCAUUUUUGCGGGGUAAACCCAAAUUUUCGAUUUACUAUGCCCUCUUUAUGAUCAUCUUUGGUUCAAUAACCACUUGUUUAAUCAUCGAGCUACACGGAACUCACCAUACCUGGUUAACAACUACUUUCCCUAAUCGAGCUUUCUUUAAAUAUCUAACUGCGAUUCACGGUAAACCUUGGUCUCAUCUUAGCUCUUAUUUCAUGGGUGUUUUAGCAGCAUUUUUUGUUACCAAAAUUAAACCACAAUUUAAACAGGUAACUAGUAAAAUUAUCUGGUUUUCCUGGUUUGUUUUGUGGUUAAUUUUGUUCAGUUAUGAUUUUGCUAUCAAUAAACGAUCUGAACCCAUUGGAUUUGGCAUCUCAUUGCUGUUUGCUGGAACAAGUAAAAUAAUAUGGAGUUUGAUCAUCACUUGGUUCAUUUAUUGUUUACACCAUCGCUUGAUUUCACCCAAAAUCGAGUCCUUUUUUUGCUCUUAUCCUUUAACUGUCCUCUCCAGAAUAAGUUUAUCUGUUUUAUUGGUUAAUCUGAUGCUGAUGAUGAUUCGUAAUGCCACUUAUCAAACAACUACUUACAUGGUUAUGGGUGAAAAAAUAUUUAGCCUAGCUAUCCCUAUGUACGUUACUGUUUAUACAGUUGCUCUAUUUUUCUCUCUUUUAAUUGAAUCUCCGACAAGAAAUAUAAUCAAGUCAAUCAUUGUAUUAAAUAAACAUUCGUCAGAAUCUAAAAAUUCAAAUCAAAGUGAGAUGGAUUCUCUUAAAUAAUCUUUAUGCUUAAUAAAUAAA